AUGAAAUGGUUUUUAAAGGCUACUGAUGUCACCCUAUACGAUCAGAAACUCAAAGAUUGCUGCUCCAAGGCACAGAAGGGUAUCGCAACUAUUUAUUUACUAGGACUGGACACUCCCAUCGAUAGUAAUUUGGCUCUUCAAUGGUUUGCAGAAGCUGCCGCUAAUGGCUCAAAAAAGGCCAUGUAUGAAGUCGGUUUAAGUCAUUUGGCUGGAAGCUCUACUCUAAUGCAAUACAAAAUGGCCUGUAAGUGGCUCACAAAUGCAGCUGAGAGAGGAUUAUUGGUAGCACAGUUACGCUUGGGUAUUUUCUAUCAAGAGCAGCAUUUUCUCCGCGACUAUAAAAAAUCAAUGGAUUGGCUACUUUUAGCUGCUGAUAUAAAUACUCACAAACACGGAAAACAUUUCAAAAAGUGUUUUGAAGCGCAGUACUACAUUGGAUUAAUUCAUCUUAAUGGUCUUGGCGUUCCUGUUGCUCAUGAUCUAGCUUCAUGGUGGUUUGAAAAGUCCGUGGAAAAUGGCUGCCAAUCAGGAAAACUUGAACUAAGUCUGAUGUAUUAUAAAGGACAAUGUGUUCCAAAGCAGGAAAAGCAAUGUAUUGAAUGGCUGACAAGUCUGGCUAAUCAAAAUCAUGUACCCUCUCAAGUUGCAUUAGGCUGUUUGCUGUCUCUACAGGGUUCAGUACUUUGUGAUUAUGAUAAAGCAAUAUAUUGGUUACAAAAGGCGAUAUGUCUUAAAGAUUCCAAAGCUCAAUUUCAAAUGGGAUGCAUGUAUAAAGCAGGCUUGGGUGUUCAAAAAAACGACAAAUUUGCCUUCCAGUGUUUUGAACAAGCUGCUAAACAAGGUUUUCCCGACUCUCAAUUUGCGUUAGGAAGAAUGUUUGCUCAAGCAUGUGGCACAUCACAAGAUUGGAACCAAGCCAUAUUUUGGUAUAAGAAAUGCAUAGAAAAUAAUGGAAACCAAUAUGCUCAGUACAAUCUUGCACAGUGUUACCUACAUGGUUAUGGUGGUUUUAAAGACCAAGAUGAAGGCCUAAAGCUACUAAAGCAAUCGGCCGAACAAGGAAACAGUGAAGCCCGGAAUGGUCUUGCUAUGCUGCAAUCUAGACAAAAUGUUGAUGAGGACCUGACUAAAUCACAAAACAAUAUGCACCACAAUAGCAAAGAAAUAGAAAAUAAUUUUGAGUACUGUGACAUGUCAACUAAAAAAAAGAAUAGACAAUAUGUUGUGAUUCAACAAAAAUUACAUCGUAGUAUAGAUAGCGACCUGUUGAUAUCUUUGAAAAAUAUUGGCGCCAAAAAUCAAAAUUCUGUUGAUAGAUCAUUGGAAACAAAGUUAGAAAGAGAUUCUACUACACAAAGAGGAAAAGAAGAACCGAUUUACUUUCAUGUUGAAAACAACCGUAAUACAAUGAUUAAUACGAAGCAAGAAACAUUCCAAUAUAUUCACCUGGAAGGCACCCACAUAACUAACAUGUUCGGAACUACAAAAGAAUGUGUGUCUUAA